GCUCGGUUUGAGGCAAAAAUCCAUGACCUGCGUGAGCAGAUGAUGAAUCACAGCAUGAGUUCUGGGUCCGGCUCCCUGAGGACUAAUCAGAAGAGGUCACUGUAUGUCAGAGCCAUGUUUGACUAUGACAAGAGCAAAGACAGUGGCCUCCCAAGCCAAGGACUCAGUUUUAAGUAUGGAGACAUCCUUCACGUCAUCAACGCCUCGGAUGAUGAAUGGUGGCAGGCGAGGAGGGUCACGCUGGAAGGAGACAGUGAGGAGAUGGGAGUUAUACCCAGCAAGAGGAGAGUUGAAAGAAAGGAGCGUGCACGUUUGAAGACGGUGAAAUUCAACGCGAAACCUGGUGUAAUUGAUGCAAAAGGGUCAUUCAAUGACAAGCGUAAAAAGAACUUCAUCUUUUCACGAAAAUUCCCAUUCUACAAGAGCAAGGAGCAGAGUGAGCAGGAAACAAGUGAUCCAGAACAACAUGUUUCUUCUAAUGCCAGCGAUAGUGAAAGUAGCUACAGAGGCCAAGAAGACUGCAUCCUUUCUUAUGAACCUGUCACAAGACAGGAAAUUAAUUACACCAGGCCGGUUAUUAUUCUGGGUCCUAUGAAAGAUCGGAUCAACGAUGAUUUGAUAUCUGAAUUCCCUGAUAAGUUUGGGUCAUGUGUACCACACACCACACGGCCAAAGCGUGACUAUGAAGUGGAUGGGAGAGAUUAUCAUUUUGUCAUUUCAAGAGAACAAAUGGAAAAAGAUAUCCAAGAGCACAAAUUUAUAGAAGCUGGGCAGUACAAUGACAAUUUAUAUGGAACUAGUGUCCAGUCUGUGAGAUUCGUGGCAGAAAGGGGCAAGCACUGUAUUCUCGAUGUGUCAGGAAAUGCUAUCAAACGACUACAAGUUGCACAACUCUAUCCCAUCGCUAUCUUCAUUAAGCCUAAAUCAUGGGAGCCUCUGAU